GUCCCGCGCGCCCGGCCGCCGCGCGCUGAGGAAAAUGAGGUGGUAACGGGCCCGCGGAUGACCCCGCGUCUCCACUGUGAGGCCUACAGCUCCGCCGGGGAGGAGGAGGAGGAGGAAGAGGAGGAAGAGGAGGAGAAGGUCACUGGGCAGGAGUCGAGAAUCGGGUAGCGGAGUAGUGGACUCACGGCUGAGAUCGGCAGGAGGGAUGUGAAACUGCCGUCAAGUCGGUUGGAACACGCCCCCCCCCCGGGAGACGCGCUCCUGAGGAGGCCGAGGGGGACCCGGUGAAGAUCUCUGAACUGAACGCCGAAGCUUCAGUAUUCAGCCUCCGUCCCGCCAGCGGGGGCGCCUCGGCGGUGGAGCGGCGGGUGCUGUUCGUGACACUUGUUGAAGGUCUUUAUCUGACAGACAUGGCGACCCCUUGAGUCCUCACAGAAGAGUCGUGAGGCAAGUCGUCCAGGGGUCUCGUUUCACAGAAGAGGACAACGGAGGGGCCGCGAGAGGAAGUAACUUGCCCCGCGGGUGACUCAGCUAGAGGCCAGGGGCCAGAAUUCGAACCGGAGCUGUCUGCUAGAGAAUCUCUGUCCCAGAAAUGAGUUUGUUUGAGACCGUCAAGGCGGUAUUAUUUGCUCCCGGCUCUAAUGAAACAGAAGGGAGUGGACAAAAAGAUGAGGGACGAAAAUGAGCAGAUGAGUGAUUCUGAACUUCGAGGAUAAAACUCUUAAUACUGAGGAGGAGCAGACUCGUUAGAAUGAGCGUGUGUGCGGGGGAAGGCAUGGUAGAGAUGAUUUGCAGUUACAGGUAGCUACAUCAGGCUGGGAGGCAGGCAGAUCCAAAGGAUAUCAUGAAGUUUCCAGGGCCUUUGGAAAACCAGAGAUUGUCUUUCCUCUUGGAAAAGGCAAUCUCUAGGGAAGCCCAGAUGUGGAAGGUGAAUGUGCCAAAAAUGCCUACAAAUCAGUCUUGGAGCUUUCCAGCGCUGCUCCAGAACUUGCUCUUCUGUUCUCCCAGCUGGUCUUCUGGAGGAGGGGCCUGCUGUGCUGAUUCUCAGAAUGUUUCUCCAUCCCAGAGAGAUGAAGUGAUUCAGUGGCUGGCCAAGCUCAAGUACCAAUUCAACCUUUACCCAGAAACAUUUGCUCUGGCUAGCAGUCUUUUGGACAGGUUUUUAGCCACUGUAAAGGCCCACCCAAAAUACCUGAGUUGUAUUGCGAUCAGCUGUUUUUUCCUAGCUGCCAAGACUGUUGAGGAGGAUGAGAGAAUUCCAGUACUGAAGGUGUUGGCAAGAGACAGUUUCUGUGGAUGUUCUUCAUCUGAAAUUCUAAGGAUGGAGAGAAUUAUUCUGGAUAAGUUGAAUUGGGAUCUUCACACAGCUACACCAUUGGAUUUUCUUCACAUUUUUCAUGCCAUUGCAGUGUCAACUAGGCCUCAGUUACUUUUCAGUUUACCCAAACUGAGCCCAUCUCAGCAUUUGGCAGUUCUUACCAAGCAACUCCUUCACUGUAUGGCCUGUAACCAACUUCUACAAUUCAAAGGAUCCAUGCUUGCUCUGGCCAUUGUUAGUUUGGAAAUGGAGAAACUUAUUCCUGACUGGCUUCCUCUUACAAUUGAACUGCUUCAGAAAGCACAGAUGGAUAGCUCCCAGCUGAUCCACUGUCGGGAGCUCGUGGCACAUCACCUUUCUUCUCUGCAGUCUUCCCUGCCUCUAAAUUCCGUUUAUGUCUACCGUCCCCUCAAGCACACCCUGGUGACCUGUGACAAAGGAGUGUUCAGAUUACAUCCCUCCUCUGUCCCAGGCCCAGAUUUAGAUUUCUCCAAGGACAACAGCAAACCAGAAGUGCCAGUCAGAGGUGCAGCAGCCUUCUACCAUCAUCUCCCAGCUGCCAGUGGGUGCAAGCAUACCUCUGCUAAACGCAAAGUAGAGGAAAUGGAAGUGGAUGACUUCUAUGAUGGAAUCAAACGGCUCUAUAAUGAAGAUAAUGCUUCAGAAAAUGUGGGUUCAGUAUGUGGCACUGAUUUAUCAAGGCAAGAGGGACAUGCUUCCCCUUGUCCACCUUUGCAGCCAGUUUCUGUCAUGUAGCCUCAAGUGUUACCUUUAAGUGCAAACUAAGGUAGACUACUCUGAGAGUGGGAACAUGGAGAACCAUGGAAAGGCUAUAUAAAGGUAUAUACCUUAUCAGGCUGAUUUGAAGUGAGCCAGGAAAAAAAAAAAAAAAAUUUACUUUUGUGGUAAAUUAUAAUCAACAUUAUUUAAGCAUAAUAAAGACCAAAAAAAUAAAUAAAUAAAUAAAAUUCAGAAGAUCCAAUUUUUUUUUUUUCCAAGUAAAAAUUUUUUUGUAGUGUUUGUCAGUUCCAUCCUUUCUCUACUAAAAUGUAAUGGAGAUUGUACCCAUAUAAAAAAUUCAUAUUCAGUGUUUUUUUUUUUUUUAAAGUUCCAAAAUUCAUAGCUGGCACACACCCUGUCUCCAGCAUCCUGAUUUAAUUUUCCUCGUUUUUGUUUGCUGCUUUAUUGACUACUUAAUGAACUUUAUGCAUGUUGAUCUGUAUAGCCUGACUUCCACUGAUUAGGAAACCCUCAAAAUUACUUUUUUAGCAAUUUAGUGAAUAAAUUAUUUCAGUCUGGCAGCCAUGUUUAAUCCACGAUUCAGAUUGAUCCAAAAAGGGUUCUUCAAAAUUGCCCCAUGUGAAUGAGAGGUGGUAAUAGAAAAAGGACUAGCAUUACCACAUUGAUUUUGUGUUUGUCUCAUUUCAGUUCCUGGAGUUCAGAAACAAAAUUAUUGUUUUCAUUUUUAUCUUAAUUUAGAACUUAAAAGUGGCAUGUAAUUAUAAUUAGGGCACUGUUAGAUUUGUUGAAAGCAUAUUUGACAUUUGUAUAAAAGAAUUUGUGAUAAAGUUAAUAUAUCCAGGUGCUCACCAAAGAAAUAUCAAAUGAUUAAGGUUUUGGUUUCUUUUGUUUUUGGUAACUGGUCAGUUUUCACUCAUUUCUAAUCAGUAGGAGAGACUCUCUAGAUAUUGGGACAGCUCUAUGAUUUGGGUCUGUAACAUGUAAUAACUGAAUUCAGUACCCUAGAUUUAUGUUAAGCUAUUAGUAUUUUCUUGAUGAAAAUUACCCUACCUGUAUUUCUCCUAAUUUCUGGAUCCUGGGCUCCUUAUGCAGUCUGAGGAAGGUAUUACAGUCAGAACCGUGUACUGAUGAUAAAAGCCUCUGGUAGCAAUAAAGUUGUCCUUAACCUUUGUA